GUGACGUAGGCGGCUCCCAGGGAGACGCGGCCUUGCCCGGUGCUCGCAGCCUGGGGCUGUAUUUCUGCUGUCUGCACCCCCCCCCCCACCCCCCGCCGGGGCUUCUGCGUGUCGUGUCACCGGUGUCCGGCGUUACCGGUGUCCGGUGUCCAGCACUGGCUCAAGCCCGAGCUGCUGCACUGGGUCAGUCUCCUGGGAGUGAAGUGCAGUCCUUGGCCGUGGAGACGCCAAGACUUGCUGCCUGACCUGCUGAGUUCCUCCAGCCUGACCUGUGUGUUGCUCCAGGUUUAUCAUCACUGAUUUAUAAGGCGUGAAAUCCCACAGGACUGAAGUCCAAGGGCAUUGGUGUCCCUUUUAAUUCCACCACUGGCAUCCCUGGAGAGGCUGCAGGGACACCUGUGGAUUAGUGCUCCGGCUGAGGUUGGCCCGCGGGCACCCGUUUAUACCAUGAGCCGCGGGCAUCUGAUCAGCUUUACCCGGGCGGCGGAGAGCGGCCGUGCCUGGGAAAACGGCGAACGGCGUAAGUCCCGCUCUCCUGGCUCCGGGGAGAAGGGGGGACUGGACGGCGAGCAGGCGAAGAGGUUCUACGAGAGCCUCCUCGCAUCGAGCGAUGAGCCUGGCACCAGUUCAGUCCGUCAGCGCGAGGCCGUACCGAGGAGGGUGAGGACAGAGGGCAGCGGCGGUGGUGGACGUCAGGCUGAAGGAGGGGAGAGGAACGGACACUUGUUGCUGAGAUCUGCCCAGAACGGGGACCUGAAAAUGCUUCGGAGGUUGCUGGAGACAGGAGCGUGCGAUAUAAAUUUUCGGGACAGUUAUUACUGGACUGCGACCAUGUGUGCCGCAUACAGUGGCCAGCUGGAGGCGGUGAGGUACCUGCUGAGCCUCGGGGCUGCUUGGAUCGGAGUGUGUGAUUCCACUGGUCGGGAUGCCCUGGAUCUGGCCCGACAGGCUGGACAUAGGGGAGUUGUCACUCUCCUGGAGGAAUACCACACCUGGCCAGAGGAACAAGAAGACCAGAGGGAGGGGCCACUGCAGAAGAAGUUCUGCCAGGUCUGCAGACUGGAAUACCAGGAGGACAGUGUUGAACAGCACGAGAGGUCGACGUUACACUUGUUCAGUCAGAGCGACAAGCUGCCGCCGACACAUUACUUCAUCCCCGAAAGUAAUGUUGGCUUCCAGCUCAUGCUGAAAGACGGGUGGAACCGGGAGACGGGUCUCGGUCCAGAUGGGAAGGGCCGGAAGUUUCCCAUCAGGACUGUGCUGAAGAGAGACCAGAAGGGUCUGGGUUUCCAGUCGGACCUGAAGCCGAAGGUCACCCACUUUGGCGCCCUCGACUCCACGGCUGUGCGGCAGCCGAGGACCGCCGUCAGUCGCACGGAGAAGGCUGCCACGGUCAGCAAGAAGGAGGAACGCAGGAGGGAGGCACGGAUCAAGGCGUGGGAGAAGGAUCUGAGGACUUACAUGAAUCUUUAGGGACUUCCCGUCAGCCUUAAGUGUUUGACUGAAAGCCGUUCAGUGCUGACGGCGCGGUCAGCCUGCUUCAGUACGUUGUUCUCCCCCUCGAGCACAGAAAUCACCGCCUCACACCCCAAACCACCUCCGACAGUGCCACUCUCACCGAGCCCUGUCUUCACAGUGGAAGAGACUAAAAGCAUCUCAAUAACGGUAGAAAUCCAGGGGUAACAGGAAGGAUUGGGACUUAAAACAAUCACUAGAGAAACAGUUCCAGGCAUUCUAAAUGCCAGCGGGUCCCUGGACCCAGCGGUUAAAGAGGUAGCUGCUGUACUGGGUCAGUGCCACAGUGUCAGAGGUGCUGACUUGCCAGCUGCUGCCUCCCAGCUCCAGAAACCCAGGUCCAACUAUGCCCUCUGGUGCUGUUGGUGUGGAGUUUGGUUGUUCUGCCUGUGACUGUGUGUGUUUUCCCUGGGGGGUGCUCCAGUUUCCUCUCACAUCUCAAAGAUGUGCAGUUCAGUAGGUUAAUUGGCCGCCAUAAAUCGGCCUGGUGUGAAUCUGGGGGGCAGUUGACAAGAAUGUAGGGAGAAUUAAAAACUGGGAUUGAUGUAGGGUUGGUGCAAGCGGGUGUGGACUCAGUGGGGUCGGGCUCGGGCUCUGUGUCUCUGCCUCCAUGAAACCUUGCCUGCUUCCUUGGGUGGACUCAACUGAUCCAGGGACACGAUAUAAACAAAGACCAGGACAGUUGUCCCAGUGUCCUAGGGAGGGUGAGUAUUUAUCCGUCACAUCAUCUCCUCGCACUGUGCAAAUUGGCAGUGGUGUUUUACAACAGAGCCGCACUGAAACCUGUGCCUGUGAGGUGCUGUGGGACCAGCUGAGGCUGUGGGAGGCGAUCGUGUAUAGAUCUGACUUCCGAACCAGAACCUCUGAGUACAGGAGCAGAUAACUGACUGCAGUCAGUCAGCAUUCUUUAACAGUGCAUCUCUGGAGGUUAGAGUGUUCGGUGAAAAGUAGAGGCGCUGGGGUGCCUUUGAGAUUGCAUCAAUCAGAAUCAGGUUUGUCAUCACUGACUUUGCGUUGGCUGCGCCCAGCUUCAGUGCGUCCUUCAGCACGUACUCUGAAGGACUACAGUUUAGGGGUCUUCUGCCACUGGAGAGGGAGGGGCGGGGACGGGCGAGAAAGCCCCUAAAUAUUGUAAAUACGGACUGGGUAGUUUCCAGGGAGCCACACAUGUGGCAUCGGUGCUGUUUUCUAUAUAAAAAGGUAACACUAAUGAAUGAUCUGUACAAGAAUGUAAAGGUUUGCACUGUUUUGUAAUUGUAUAUAGUUUGUCUUUUAUUAUGAAUAAAGUUUAUUUUG